UCGAACCUCGAACACUGCAACAACACACACGAACACUGCGUCUGCAACACUGUGUGGUGAACUGGUGAUUGAUGAUGAAGAGGAAAACCCAGAACGGGAUCAGGAAGAAUGAGAGAAGGAAGAUGAAAGGGACACUCAGCACCAAGCACUUGCAGCUUCAGCUCAAUCAAAUCUCACUCUUCCCCAUUCUCCCAACAUCUUCUACUACCUCUUCCGCCUUCCACAACCUUCUCGAUUCCGAACCCCACGCCGGCGCCGACCCUUCCGAUGACAGAGAUUUCAUUCUCAGCCAGGAUUUCUUCUGCACUCCGGAUUACAUUACCCCUGAUAAUCAGCAUAUUUUGAAUGGAUUGGAUUUCAAUAAGGGAAAUACCCCUUGCCCCAAAUCGCCAGAGAAGCUCAAUACAACAAAAAGUAAGAGAUGCCGAUUAGAUGCUAUCUCGGUAAACCCUCUCAGUCCUACCUUUUCUAAUGACCAUCAAAUUGUGGAGCUUGGAAAGGAUUCUGUUGUAGAGGAAGUAGCUGUUGAGAAAACAGUUGAAGAUGGUAAACCAAGGGCUCAAAAUUAUGUUUCACAUUCUGCAGUUGCAUUGCGAUGUAGGGCUAUGCCUCCUCCUUGCAUCAGAAAUCCCUAUUUGAAAGAUGUUUCUAAAAUGGAGACUGAUCCCUUUGGAAACCAAAGAUCAAAAUGUGCAGGUCUCUUCCCUGGCUUUGGAGGCGGUGAUGGGCUUUCACGCUAUCGUACUGACUUUCAUGAGAUUGAGCUAAUUGGUAGAGGGAACUUUAGUACUGUUUUUAAAGCAUUGAAGCGAAUAGAUGGUUGCUUGUAUGCUGUGAAACACAGCACCAGACAGUUACACCAGGAAACAGAAAGGAGAAAAGCAUUAAUGGAAGUUCAAGCUUUGGCAGCCAUGGGGUCUCAUGAGAACAUUGUGGGAUAUUAUUCUUCAUGGUUUGAAAAUGAGCAUCUGUACAUUCAGAUGGAGCUAUGUGAUCACAGCUUAUCCAUAAACAAAUGCUCUGCAUUGUUAACAGAAGGACAAGUCUUAGACGCUUUAUAUCAGGUUGCAAAUGCACUGCGAUUUAUACACGAGAAGGGGAUAGCUCAUCUAGAUGUUAAACCAGAUAAUAUCUAUAUAAAAAAUGGUGUUUAUAAGCUUGGUGAUUUUGGAUGUGCAACCCUUCUUGAUACUAGCCUACCAAUUGAGGAGGGCGAUGCGCGUUAUAUGCCCCAGGAAAUCCUUAAUGAGAAUUAUGAUCACCUGGACAAGGUUGAUAUCUUCUCCUUGGGAGCUUCUAUUUAUGAACUCAUUCGCAGAUUGCCUUUGCCAGACUCAGGGUGCAAUUUUUUAAAUCUUAAAGGGGGCAAGUUGCCACUCCUGCCUGGUCAUUCGUUGCAACUUCAAAACUUGCUCAAGGUAAUGAUGGACCCCGAUCCUGUGAAGAGGCCUUCUGCUAGAGAGCUAGUAGAGAACCCAAUUUUUGGCAGGGCCUUAAGAACAGCAAAGAAUUGACUAACCACGGCCGUUUUUUUUUGUUCUGGCGAGACCAUCUUUAAUGUAAGAUAGGUCAUGGUCAUGUAUGGCCAAUUUUGUGAAAUGUAUUUUGGAUGCAUGCACUAGAUUCUUCUCGAGAAUGGUGCAAGUACUGUAUUGUACAUUGUAAUGGACUGAAGAAUGUGUCAAUCAUAAGGAAGCUAUUGGUUGUUAUCGUU